UCCUCUUGUUUUUGUAUUCCACAUUCAUUUUCCUUCUCUCUCAUUUUCCCUCACUUUCUCGCCUCCCAAACGCCCCUCUCUCUGCUCCAAUGGCCGACCAGCUCACCGACGACCAGAUCGCCGAGUUCAAGGAGGCCUUCAGCCUCUUCGACAAGGAUGGCGAUGGUUGCAUUACCACCAAGGAACUUGGGACUGUAAUGCGGUCACUUGGGCAAAACCCAACUGAGGCAGAGCUGCAGGACAUGAUAAAUGAGGUUGAUGCUGAUGGCAACGGAACCAUCGAUUUCCCAGAAUUCCUGAACCUGAUGGCUCGCAAGAUGAAAGACACUGAUUCAGAGGAGGAGCUUAAGGAAGCAUUCCGUGUGUUCGACAAGGAUCAGAAUGGUUUUAUCUCUGCUGCUGAGCUCCGCCAUGUUAUGACAAAUCUGGGGGAGAAGCUGACCGACGAGGAGGUUGAUGAGAUGAUUCGCGAGGCUGAUGUUGAUGGCGAUGGGCAGAUCAACUAUGAGGAGUUUGUCAAAGUGAUGAUGGCCAAGUGAGGACAAAUCAACCAUAACCAAAAUUUGAAAAGCAUACAAGAGGGAUAGGGCAGAUAAGUUUUGUUGGGAAUUCUAUUUCCACUAGGUCCAUCUUCAUUUGGGAUUAUUAGCUUUUGUUAGUUGAGUGUCUAUUUUCUUGUUUGCUUUAAUUGGUACUACUGCUCCUUAGUAUCCUUACUUGUUUCCUCUGUCCCUCGUUUCUUAGUAUCCUACUUGUUUGCUCUAUCCCUUGUUUUAGUAGCUUCCUUUAGCUGUGUCUCACCAUGCUUUGUUACUCCAUUUUCAUCUUUUUUUGGCUAUUAUUAUGAAACCUAGAACAAUUGGAUGCAGUUUGUGUUUUUUACAUGUGGGUGGCUAAUGCUGUUAAUAUUUAUAUCUUCUGCCAUGUUAUUGUUUC